CCGGCUGGUGGGACUCUGCGCCCGGAGACGCCCGCAAGAGAGGGAGCAGAGCCCCGCUGGCGGCGAGCGCGGGCAGGAGGGAGCGCCCCGCGCGAGGAGGCGGGAAGGGAACUGGCCUCCGCCGAGGCCGAGGGGGCGCUGCAUGGACCGCAUGCGAUUCUCCGGGGGCCCCAGCGCGGGGCCCGCGAGCAACUCCAGCCGGUGGUGGCCUCUGGCUGCCGGAGGUGCCAACACCAGCGGGGACUCGGAGGCGCUCGGGGAAGACGGCGGCCCGCAGGCGGACACGCGCAACGAGGAGCUGGCCAAGCUGGAGAUUGCCGUGCUGGCCGUGAUUUUCGUGGUGGCCGUGCUGGGUAACAGCAGUGUGCUGCUGGCGCUGCACCGCACGCCUCGCAAGACGUCCCGCAUGCACCUCUUCAUCCGCCACCUCAGCCUGGCCGACCUGGCCGUCGCCUUCUUCCAGGUGCUGCCCCAGCUGGGCUGGGACAUCACCUACCGAUUCCGCGGGCCCGACGGGCUGUGCCGCGUGGUGAAGCACAUGCAGGUGUUCGCCAUGUUCGCCUCCGCCUACAUGCUGGUGGUCAUGACCGCCGACCGCUACAUCGCCGUGUGCCACCCGCUGAAGACGCUGCAGCGGCCCGCGCGCCGUUCGCGCCUCAUGAUCGCCGCCGCCUGGGUGCUGAGUUUCGUGCUGAGCACCCCGCAGUACUUCGUCUUCUCCGUGGUCGAGGUGAGCAACGUCACCAGGACCUACGACUGCUGGGCCAACUUCAUCCAGCCCUGGGGUCUCCCGGCCUACGUGACCUGGAUGACCGGCAGCGUGUUCCUGGCGCCCGUGGUCGUCCUCGGCACCUGCUACGGUUUCAUCUGCUACCACAUCUGGCGCAACGUCCGCGGAAAGACCGCGGGGCGCCCGGGCACCGGCGCCCCCGCCGAGGGCGCGGGCGAAGGCGCCUUGCGCCGAGGAGUCCUGCACGCGCGGUGUGUGAGCAGCGUAAAGACCAUUUCCCGCGCCAAGAUCCGCACCGUGAAGAUGACCUUCGUGAUCGUGACGGCCUACAUCGUUUGCUGGGCGCCCUUCUUCAUCAUCCAGAUGUGGUCUGCCUGGGAUAAGAAUUUCUCCUGGGUCGAGUCAGAAAACCCGGCCACCGCCAUCCCUGCAUUACUGGCUUCCUUGAAUAGUUGCUGCAACCCCUGGAUAUACAUGUUUUUUAGUGGCCAUCUCUUGCAAGACUGUGCCCAAAGCUUCCCGUGCUGCCAAAACAUGAAACGAACGUUCACCAGAGAAGAUUCUGACAGUAUGAGCCGAAGACAGACUUCCUUCACUAACAACCGAAGCCCCACCAACAGUAUGGGAACAUGGAAGGACUCGCCUAAAUCUUCCAAGUCCAUCAAAUUCAUUCCUAUUUCAACCUGAGCCCCCUGUGAUCACGCAGUCUGACUCUUGUAAUGGACUUUUCAGCCCAUUGACUGAAUCCAGCUAGAAUUAUAAGACAAAUGAACUUAUAUAAGAUUAAUCAAUCUGUUGAGUACAAGACUGUGUUUCUCAUUGCAUUUUUCACAUUGCUACAAACAAAAGCUAUGAAAUGUUUUAUAAAGGAUGUUAAUAAAAACAUGCAAUGCCAAAAUCUGCAAACCUAAUUCCCAGAAAUAACAGAAGCCAUAUUUCUAGAGGAAUAAUCAUAGCCAUGCUUUAUAUUUUUCUGUAGGUUUCCUUUCUUUUUAUUUCUGACAUAACUAAGGCUUGAUUGGUUUAGAAGUCAUAUAAUGUAGGGGCAUUAUUUCUGAACAAAGUAAGUUCGUCACCAGCCUUAGGGUUUGAAAGGAAUUGGAAGAGACUUUACGGAAAUUAUGUUUCUGUCCAGUAAAAUCAAUUUGUGUAUCAGAAAAUGCAGUCUCAGACCGUGGCAUGGAGAUGGGAUGGUGCCUUGGAGAGACAUGAGAGCUUGAGGCUUAUUGAUUAUGGGGUGCCUGUUGCAGAGUGAAAAGGGGAAAGUUCUGUUAGAAGCUAUAAAUCACCUCAAUUGCAGAACCAUCACUUUAAAACUGGCAACUUCCUCCUUUGGUUCCUCACAUUUUAUUGGAUGUGAAAAGCAUGAUUACCAGGAUGUUGAAAGUUAGAGAAAAUGUUGUCAGCUGGCCGAUGAUAUCUUUUUGCUUUCACUGCAAAGUUGCUUUAAAGUCAGAUUUGUGUGACAGAUACCCAAUUUUCUUAGAAGGGCAGAAAAGAUAGAUUGCCCAAGGGACUAUGGAGCCUUUCUCUAGAACAUAGGAAACAUGUUUAGAUCCUGUGCUGUCCUGGAUAUUAACACCAUCAUUACAUCCUGUUUGAGAAAUCCAGAUUCACAGCUGUGAGUCUUCUAGAAAGUGACUCAGGAUACUGAAUGUCCCCUCAUGAUUAAUUAAAAAUAACUUGGUCCUUCCUUCUGAUCUCCCACCCAUCUAACAAUUUCAUAGUAGAGGAGAGACAGGAUUGGGCAGGAUGAGGGUAAGGAAAUAGAAAACUGCUCUGCAUCUAGUCUGCCUUCCUUCGUUAUUAAGUGCAUGACUUGAGGCAAACAACUUCCAAUGAUAUAAAGCCUCCAUUUCCCUGGCUGAACAGCGGCGCUGAUAACACUUAGCUCACAGGGUUGUUCUAAGAACUAAAUGAAAUCAAGUGUAUGAAAAGAUCUUCCUAAGCUGUCAAAUGUUAUAUGAAUGCUACCUCUUGCUUUUAUCAUAGUAUUCUGGGGGGGGGGGGGGGUCUUCAAAAUCACAUAGCUUUUUCCUGUUUACUUUUCACUAACCAGAAUGUAUUGGUUUCAUAUCUGGCAUACAAAGUCCUAAAAUUUAAAUAUAGCUCUGCUGAAUCAUUGAAGAGCGUCAGCAGCAGCCACUACAUCUAACUUCUGUCUAGCCAAAGCUUUCCAAUUUAAAGAGAGCAUUUGCUCUCCUCUGGAUGCAGGUCUUUCAUUUCUAGACAAAGAAACAUUACGAUACUACUUGGCUGUUGUUACUGCAUUCUUCAUUAAUGGAACUCAGUGGGGUGUUUUUUGAGCUAUUUUGUCUGGCUCCUUUUCCUUCUUAGAUACCCUGCAAUGAUUUGAGGAUACAUCAUAAAUACUUGGCACCCCUUACAGAAAGUAAUAGUUAUUUUGAUAGCAUAUUUUUUUUUUAACUUUGCAGAUAAGAAACUGAGCACUGAAUGGUACUGUCAGAGCUUGGAACCAGUAACCUCACUCCUCUUCAUUCGCUUACCUUUGCAAAUUCUCACGUGUUUUACUUCCUGGAUUGAUAUGC